AUGCCCAAUCGUAUUAUCAUCGACCGGAUAGUGAUCGGAAAUGUACAAGAUGACUUUCAUCCUGGUGCAUUCAAGGCUGCAUUAGCUGAGUUCGUCAGUACUUUAAUUUUUGUGUUUGCUGGACAAGGGUCUACUAUGGCCUACAACAAACUUACAUCCAAUGCCCCAAUAUCCCCGGCGGGGCUGGUUGCAGUGGCUUUGGCACACGGAUUUGGCCUAUUUGUCGGAGUUGCUACCAGUGCAACCAUCUCUGGAGGCCAUUGCAACCCGGCCGUUACCUUCGGUGCUUUCAUUGGUGGCAACCUUUCUCUCCUCCGUGGGAUUCUCUAUUGGAUUGCUCAACUCCUUGGUUCCACUGUGGCUUGCUUGCUUCUUAAGUUUACCACUCAUGGCAUGAAUGUCGCAGUAUUCGCUCUGUCCCCUGGGGUGAAUGUAUGGAACGCAUUUGUGUUCGAGAUUGUAAUGACUUUUGCCCUAGUUUACACCGUCUAUGCAACCGCCAUUGAUCCAAAGAAAGGUGAUGUGGGAAUCCUUGCACCUCUAGCCAUUGGCCUUGUACUUGGAGCUAACAUUUUGGCUGGUGGAGCAUUUGAAGGAGCAGCCGCGAACCCCGCCGUGGCUUUUGGACCAGCUUUGGCGAGCUGGAACUGGUACAACCACUGGGUUUACUGGGCUGGACCUUUGGUCGGAGGCGGGAUUGCCGGGGUUGUGUACGAGCUCAUCUUCAUCAGCCACACUCAUGAGCCACUUCCCGGUGGAGAAUAUUAG